UGCUGCGCCGCUGAUGGUAGGGGAAAGACAGGGCAAUAGCGUACUGAAUGCUGUGUGCCACUGAAGCCGUCGAUGCUUCAUACCUCGCGAGGUCUGUCCCGCCAGCGUGCUGUCCGACUGGCAGGGCGAGUGUUCCAUUCAGUGUCCUGAGGCUGGUGCAGACUGGACGCAGUGACUAGCUCUCUUACGCCUUUACACAGCUUCACUGUUUUAUACUUAGUUUGUGGUGUGUUUUAUUCAUACUGAGACAACAGAAUGGUGUAUAGGUGAAUAACACCAUUUCAGCGCAACUACCUGAACAUUUGCUCAAGAUUAAUGUGCCUUCAGGAACUGUGAUAUAUUUUAUAUUUUCUAAAUCUGAAGAAGUGCCGAAGUAGUCAUGCCUGUCGAAGUGGAAAUUGAUCAGACUCUGGCCUUGUCGGAAAGACGGAGUCACUUUCAGUCACAGCAGUCAACAGUUGCAAGCCGUCGGCAACAGGCAGUGUGUGUACGGCGUGCGUACAAGCAUUACGGCACCAAGAAGAUGCGGCACAUCGUACUGGAAGGUCUCAACAUGACCGUCUCCAAAGGAGCCAUAUAUGGUUUGCUUGGUGCUAGUGGCUGUGGGAAGACAACACUUCUCAGUUGUAUUGUUGGUCGGAGAAAACUCAACUCUGGUGAUAUCUGGGUGCUGGGUGGCAAACCAGGUUCUAAGGGCAGUGGCGUGCCUGGCCCCAGAAUAGGAUACAUGCCACAGGAGUUAUCUUUAUAUGUUGAGUUCACCAUACGAGAAACAUUCUUGUACUUUGGAUGGGUCAAUGGAAUGACGACUGAAGAAAUUGAUGAAAAGAUACAUUUCUUGCUGAAAUUCCUUCAACUUCCAUCAGCAAAUCGUUUCGUCAAGACUCUUAGUGGAGGACAACAGAGGCGAGUCUCCCUUGCAGCAGCCCUGGUGCACAGUCCUGAACUACUCAUCCUCGAUGAGCCAACAGUUGGUGUGGACCCAGUGCUCAGGCAGAACAUCUGGGAAUACCUGAUAGAUUUAUCAAAGACUAAGAAGACAACAAUCAUCAUCACUACCCAUUAUAUUGAUGAGACCCGGCAGGCUAAUAUGAUUGGAUUGAUGAGGGGUGGCAAAUUCCUUGCUGAGCAGCCUCCGGAGGACCUGUUGGCAGCUCACAUGUGUGACACACUUGAAGAUGUAUUCCUCAAACUAAGCAAGUUGCAAAACCAGGGCAAGCGCCGUCGUAGCAGCUACAUGCUGGAAGUAAUGGGGCCACCAACACCAGAAGAGGGACCAUCAGCAUUUGAUACAACUUCAGAAAUCAGUGGUGAAUAUGGAGACAACAUAAGUCUCUCCAGCAAAGAUGUGAAUCCGGUGACCAGCACUGAACCAGAUCUGCCUCCAGAGGAAGGGGGAAAAUGGGGCCUGAUGGAUUAUCUCAAGUUCCUAUCCAUACAUAGAAUGAAGGCUGUAAUAUGGAAGGACUUCUUGUGGAUGUGGAGAAAUGUUCCCGUGAUGCUCUUCAUCAUAGGGCUCCCAGUGGUACAGAUAAUCCUGUUCUGCCUGACUAUUGGCCGUGAUCCUAAGAACCUGCACUUGGCCUAUGUGAACGAUGAGCUGAACUUCACAACAGACUGCAUGCCUAUAGAGGGAUGCAGUUAUGACCUCCUGAGCUGUCAGUACUUGGAUUCUCUAAGGACAAGGACAAUCAUAUUAGAUCGGUUUGAGUUUGAGGAAGAGUCCCUGGAGGCUGUGCAGAAAGGCAGAGCAUGGGGGGCACUGUACUUCAGCUCCAACUACUCACACAGCCUCAAGGAGAGGCUAGAGGAAGCACGCUAUGCUUCAGAGCUCAUUGUCAAUGACAGUAACGUGAUUGUACAGAUGGAUAUGUCCAAUCAACACAUUGGGCAUCUUCUGAACCGAGAUCUAUUGAUGUCAUUUGUGGAUUUUGCAAAAAAAUUUUUGGGAGCCUGUGGCAUCAACCCCAAAUCAGCAAAUAUUCCUAUUAGGUUUGAAGAACCAGUGUAUGGUGACCAAAUACCGGACUUUACCAAUUUUGCUGCUCCAGGAGUUAUUUUGACCAUCAUUUUCUUCCUGUCUCUUGCACUGACAGCUGGCUCAAUGAUAAUGGAGAGGAAGGAGGGAUUGCAAGAAAGGUGCUUGGUUUUGGGUGUCACUCCACCUGAGAUCCUCUUCUCACAUGUGGUAACGCAGUUCGUUGUGAUGGCACUACAGACCUUGAUGGUGCUCGUCUUCUCCUUUGCCGUGUUCGAUAUUCUGUGUGCUGGAUCUCUCUUGUGGGUUAUCAUUCUUACAAUGCUCAGUGGGCUCUGUGGUAUGUGCUUUGGAUUUGUUGUGUCCAGCUUAUGUGACACAGAGCUAACCGCCACCUACUUUGCAAUGGGAAGCUUUCUGCCUGUUCUUAUGCUGUGUGGCAUCUGCUGGCCAGUGGAGGGGAUGCAUUACACACUCAAGUACGUCAGUUUUGUCUUGCCUCUCACCUUCUCAACAGAAUCGCUGCGUGCCAUCUUAGCCCGAGGAUGGGACAUCUCACAACCAGUAGUGUACCACGGUUUUGUAGCAACAGGCGUCUGGAUUGUGGUAUUCUUGGCAAGCAGUCUCAUGGUGCUCAAAUUCAGAAAAGGUUAAAACAAAGUGACUAGAAGUACUGUGGACCAAUCCUAUUUGCAAGGUAGAAACACUGUCAAUAUGUGUAGAAAAGGGAAAAAAUUGGAUGUGGCAAGAAAGGAAACGUGAUUGCAGAUGGAAAUUUAUGUACUACAGGAAUUGCCAGAGAAAUUCUGAGAUAAAAAAUGAUGAGAUAUUGGA